AGCUGUCUCCACCUGCUUUUAUGAGCAGACUGAGUUCCUCAACACACACACACACACACACAUCCGUAACUUUCAGAGGACUGGGCAUUCGUCUCCUCAAGUCUGAGCAAUGGCAGAUAAGGAGCUUUUCAAAGUCCGCAGCAAAUUCGUGGAGAAGGUGUCAAAGUCGAUGAUCAGUCAGCUCCUGGACGACCUUUUGGAGGAUCGUGUGCUGAACGAUGGCGAGGUGGAAAGUGUGCUUGAGGACAACCCCACCAAAGCAGAAAAGGCGCGCUGCCUCAUCGACACCGUGAGGAAGAAGGGCAUAAGAGCCAGCCAGAAGCUGAUCGACCACAUUAAAACCAGAGAUGAAACGAUGCACUCUGAGCUGUUCCCUGAUUCACAAGAUCAACCGGAUGCAGCUCCUCCGACACAGAGAACCUGGUCAAACAGACUCAUCCCCGUGUCUGACUCCGAGAGGACGAAAAAAAUGAAUGAUCCAGACAUUUACAAAGUGUCCGAAAAGUCUCUGAAAAGCCGUGUGGCCCUUUUGAUCACCAACAGAAACUUUACUGACGAAGACUUAACCAGAAGGGGAGCUGAGAAGGACGAGGAGAACAUGUUGAGUCUGCUCAGAUCCCUGCAGUAUGAGGUGGUGAAGCACAACGACCUUACAGCAAAGGAGAUUGAAGGGGCUCUGCGUCAGUUCAUCACACACCCCAAGCUGAAAGAAACAGACAGCGUGUUUGUGGUGAUCAUGUCUCAUGGAAAACGGGGAUUGGUACUCGGAGUCGACCACAGGCAAGACAAACCAGACGAAUUCCCCGUUGACAAAAUCUACAAAUAUCUCGGCCCACAAAAAUGCUCCGCACUGAUGGACAAACCCAAGGUCAUCAUCAUCCAGGCCUGCAGAGGAGCUUUGGAAGGAGCUGCCAUUGUUAGCGACAGCGCGAAACCCAGCGUGGUGUCUGACGAGGCGUCGCACCGGCCACCCUCUCCCAAAGGCGGCAUCGUUGAAGACUCCAUUCGAUACGUUCACAAGGAAAAGGACUGCAUUUCCCUCCUGUCAAGCACGCCUGAUACUGUGUCAUACAGAAGAGAGGAUUUGGGCUCCUUCCUGAUUCAGUACAUUGUUGAAGUUUUCAACACCUACUCCCACCAGGAUGACAUUGAUGAACUUUUCAGAAAAGUCAUGCAACGCUUUGAAGACUUUCCUGAUGACACCAAAAGACAAAUGCCAACAAAAGACAGAUGCACUCUAACAAAGCGCUUCUACCUUUUUCCAGGCCACUGAGACGUUUGGUAAAUCCAUCUGUUGUUAAGCUAACGCUACUCUUACUUUUCUUUUUUUUAAUAUCUACCUAAUAGUUUGUACUUUAACUGGAAAUUAGCCCCAUUUUUAUUUUACAGAGGAAAUCAUGAGCUUAACUUCACUGUCCUGCAGA